AUGGUUGUUCCUCCCCCGCCAGUGACCCAAUCUCCCCGGAACAGAGACCGGAUAGAGUACCAAACUGAGUAUGCAUGCGAGGGAAUGACCCUGAACAUUGCGUGUAAGGAGAAUUACGUCAUACACUUGGUACGAGCCAACUAUGGUCGUCUCAGUGUCAGCAUCUGUAAUCCUCAGGCCAAAAUCGACAUGUCCGUCAAUUGCAUGUCGUGGAAGUCUCAUCUCAUCAUGGAGAAACGGUGUAUGAACAAGCAGUCCUGUAGUGUGCAGGUCUCAGCGAAAAAUUUCGAUGAUCCGUGUCCGGGUACGAUCAAGUAUCUGGAAGUUCAGUACAACUGUACCCUCGCGUCCUUAGCUUCAUCGACGACGACGACGACAACAACGACGACGGCUCAGCCGGUGAUCCGGAAUUCGUCAGAGGAAGAUGUCGUCUCUACGUCGCCAACAACGACGUCAACGACAACGACGUCCAUGCCUCCAACAGCGGAAAUCACCGCGGUACAAACAACGACCGCGAGCAUACCCCCGACGCCGAGGUUCGCACAGGAGCCGAUGCUGCCUCCGGAGCGUCCUGCGCCUUUCCCCACGGAAGACAAUCCCGAUAGCGACUACGUCGACACGACAAAGUCACUAUCCUGUGUUCCGACGACGGCGAGGAAUCUAUACUGGAAUUGGACUCGAGCCGGAAAGGCUUACGUGCAGAAGUGCCCUGGAGGCGCAUCAGGUCUCGCUCGGUGGCAUUGCGAUCCGAAUGAGGUUCAUUGGAUCCCGGAGAAACCCGACUUGAAGCAAUGCAAGUCUCUGUGGGUGGAGAAUCUGUCGGAAAAACUGGCUAAGCAAGACCUGACGCUGACGCUGACGCAACUCGCAUCGGAUCUCUCGCAUCAGACCUACUCGAAAGAGCUCUUCAGCGCAGACGUGCGAGAGAUCUCAAACAUCAUUCAAGUUAUGCUCACCCGACUCGAACCCAGCGUUCUCGACCAGAAUAUCGGAGUCUGGCACCAGGAGCAGCUCUACAAAGACCUUCUGCAGGAUUUCGUGGGCACCGUCUCAAACCUGCUCGAAGUGAAGAACCAGGAGGCCUGGAGUGAUCUGAGUACGACCGAUCAGAAGCAGAUCCUGACACGUCUGAUGACGGCACUCGAGGAGAACGCCGGCCUGCUUUCGAACACAUUCAAACAGGAGAACAACUAUCCCGUUGUCAAGAACAACGUCUUGAUGUCGGUACGAGGUGUCGAUUCCUGGCGCAGUAUGGUCAUACAUUUCCCGUCGAUUAACGAGCGGGAGCAGGACCAGAACUGGUCGUCGAUGCAGGAUUCGGUUAACGUUCCCGUCGAGGCCAUUCAGCAGUUCUUCAAACAAGGAACGUUCCGAAAACUGAUAUUCAUCGUUUACAACAAUCUGGACAUCUACUUGGUCCCCGAACCCGAGAACCACUUCCCGCGGUCGGCGUUCGACGAGCGGUUGGCGUCCGGAUUCAUCAACUCCAGAGUCGUUUCCGUCAGCGUGGGGAAGGAGAGCUCGGAACGUCUGGCUCAGCCCAUCCAGGUCACGCUGAAGCAUCUUCAGGAGGAAAUCGUCUCGGAGCCCCAGUGCGUCUACUGGAAUAUCGAGUCAAGUGCCUGGUCCCCUGAAGGCUGCUGGGUCUCAGCAUCGAACCGUUCGAGCACCGUGUGCGCCUGUGAUCAUCUCGGGAGCUUCGCGAUUAUGAUGGAAAAUCCAUCGCAAGUCGAUCGUCGAAAACCCUUCGAUCAGCGUCUCGUGGUCACAGUCGGCUGCUGCGUGGCUUUGGGAUUCUGCUGCAUCGCCGCGCUGCUCCUGUUCCUCUUGAAGUUGCACAAGAACGAUCAGCUGUGGAUUCAUCGGAACUUGGCGGUGAAUCUGAUGAUUGCCGAGUUCGUGUUCGUCGUCGGAAUCAAUCAGACGCAUCUCGGCGUCACGUGCAGCGCCGUGGCGGCGCUCCUCCAGUAUUUCCUUCUCGUCGCAUUGGGUUGGACCUUCUUCGAAGGCUUCCACCUCUACAGCAGCCUCGUGGAACCGAUGGAAAUUCAUAAAUCAAAACUAAGAUGUUACGCGUCUCUUUCGUACAUCGCACCCGCAAUCGUCACCGGAGUGUCGCUUCUCAUCGAUCCGUCGAGUUUCGGCACACCAAAGUACUGUUGGCUGCGCUCCGACAACUUUUUCAUCUUCAGCUUUAUUGCUCCGAUGGUUGGAAUUAUUUUUGGAUGUGUCGUAUUUGUGUGCAUCGGUGUUUGUAUCAUCUGUAACCAGGGGGGUUUGGCGACCACUGUCAAGGGUAAAGAGGAGGACAAGGUGAACACGGUCAAAACCUAUAUGUACUGGGUGACCUUCCUGCUCGUCUUCAUGACGUUCACCUGGGCUUCUGCCGUCGUCUACGUGGCCAAGUUCAACUUGGCGUGGGCGGUCAUUUUCGCUACAUUCAACUCGGUCCUUGGCGUGUUCCUACUCAUUUUCACCUGUUGGAAGAACGAAGCGUUCCAGGACCGCUACGGGCACUCGCUGCAGAACUCGCGGUGGAUCCCCGCCUGCAUGAAGAGGUGCCUCUUCGGAGGAAGAAACCAACUCGCUAUCGAUGUCAGCGUAAACAAUGUCAACGGCGCCCCUCUUCAUCCCCAUCCUUCAUGGAAUACGGAUCACAAGGCAGUCUCAGGGCUUACCGCUCAAUGUCUCGGCCCGUUCCAGUCUCAGCAACAACACACGUUGGUAACUCAGGGCAAGUUUACCAUACCUGUUCGCCCAUCUAUGGGGGGAGCGGGGCCGGACUCGGGGGGGAUUCUUGCCCUCACUCCGCAGACCAUCAAUAUCAGCGGAACAGUCAACGGAGCCACGUUGGGCGACCGCGCACGUUCUAUGGCAAUGGCCAAUUCUCUUAGCAAGUCGCAGCACAACCUCGUACAGGGAAGCGGGAAACUGGGCCAGCCCCAAGGACAGUGGGUUCAGUGGAGAGGUGCCCGACCGUCACCGGGCGGGCCCUAUUCGGAGGCGUCGAGCGUCUACUCGGCCUUUGCGGACCACAUCUACGAAUCGAUCGACGUCGGCUCGAUGGUUCCGCCGCCCGCGCCCGCCGACUCGACGCCCAACAUCCUCUACGGCAACACCGCCGAGAUCCUUCAAGACGCCACCGGAUGCUACGAGCAGAGACCUCUGAUCAACAAAUACAGCACGAUGAGCAAUCAGCUGGACGCGACUCUGUCGCGGAUGUCCCCCGCCGAACGAGCAGCUACGGCACGUAGAGCGAAGCAAAUCGCCGCCUCGACUCCCGUCGUGCAAGUGAAUGGGCAACUUUUUACACCGCAACAGCUUUACGAAGUAGCUCUGACACAGGCUCUGCAGGUGUCUGCCAAAAUAGAAGAGCAGGACAGACAUCAGGACAAUCAGGUGAUUGCGGUACUCGACGGUGAAAAGGUCGUCACUCGCAUAAACCCGUUGGAUUCACCGACAAACUCGUCGAACUCGUCGGCCACGUCUGAAGGAAGCCCCAGCAGUGCCCAAAGCUGUCAGCAGCCUCCCAGAUACAAUCUUAGUACAUACUGUUAA